AUGCGUGAGUGCAUCUCCAUCCACGUCAGCCAGGCUGGUGUCCAGAUUGGCAAUGACUGCUGGGAACUCUACUGCCUGGAACAAGGCAUCCAGCCCGAUGGCCAGAUGCCAAGUGACAAGACCAUCCGGGGAGGAGAUGACUCCUUCAACACCUUCUUCAGUGAGACCGGUGCCGGCAAGCACGUGCCCAGGGCAGUGUUUGUAGAUCUGGAACCCACAGUCAUUGAUGAAGUUCGCACUGGCACCUACCGCCAGCUCUUCCACCCUGAGCAGCUCAUCACAGGCAAGGAAGAUGCUGCCAAUAACUAUGCCCGUGGGCACUACACCAUUGGCAAGGAGAUCAUUGACCUUGUUCUGGACAGAAUUCGCAAGCUGGCUGACCAGUGCACAGGUCUUCAGGGCUUCUUGGUUUUCCACAGCUUUGGUGGGGGAACCGGUUCUGGGUUCACCUCCCUGCUGAUGGAACGCCUUUCUGUUGAUUAUGGCAAGAAGUCCAAGCUGGAGUUCUCCAUUUACCCAGCCCCCAAGGUUUCCACAGCUGUGGUCGAGCCCUACAACUCCAUCCUCACCACCCACACCACCCUAGAGCACUCAGAUUGUGCCUUUAUGGUAGACAAUGAGGCCAUCUAUGAUAUCUGUUGUAGGAACCUCGAUAUUGAGCACCCAACCUACACCAACUUUAACCUUAACCUUAACCGCCUUAUUAGCCAGAUUGUGUCCAUCACUGCUUCCCUCAGGUUUGAUGGUGCCCUGAAUGUUGAUUUGACAGAAUUCCAGACCAACCUGGUGCCCUACCCCCGCAUCCACUUUCCUCUGGCCACAUAUGCUCCCGUCAUCUCUGCUGAGAAAGCCUACCAUGAACAACUUACUGUAGCAGAGAUCACCAAUGCUUGCUUUGAGCCAGCCAACCAGAUGGUGAAAUGUGACCCUCGCCACGGUAAAUACAUGGCUUGCUGCCUAUUGUACCGUGGCGACGUGGUUCCCAAAGAUGUCAAUGCUGCCAUUGCCACCAUCAAGACCAAGCGCACCAUCCAGUUUGUGGAUUGGUGCCCCACUGGCUUUAAGGUUGGCAUUAAUUACCAACCUCCUACUGUGGUGCCUGGUGGAGACCUAGCCAAGGUCCAGCGAGCUGUGUGCAUGCUGAGCAACACCACAGCCGUGGCUGAAGCCUGGGCUCGCCUGGACCACAAGUUUGACCUGAUGUAUGCCAAGCGUGCCUUUGUUCACUGGUAUGUGGGUGAGGGGAUGGAGGAAGGAGAGUUCUCUGAGGCCUGUGAGGUCUUGGCUGCCCUUGAGAAGGAUUAUGAGGAGGUUAAAGCAGAUAGUUGUGAGGGAGAGGAUGAGGGUGAAGAGUAUUAACUAUGUGCUGCAGUUUUACACACUCCGUUGUCUUGGGGCUGUCUUAUUUCCAUUCUGUGAAACUGUCUAUUGUGGUUUUACACUGUCAAUAAAAGUGAUGUUUUCAUUU